GCCAGAUCAAAACAGCCGCGCAAACAUUCAUGGUGAAAUUUGUUUUGUUAAUUGGUUGUUUGGCUCUAUAAAAGUGUAUAGAGUGGCUGUACCAAGUGAUGGAAACCCGUCUGGAGGUGCGCCUGCGAGAGCCAAACCCGCUGUUCACCCGCUGGCUGGAGCGCUGGCUGCGGGAGGCGGAGCGGCGCCAGCAGAAGUCGCAGUUUAGGCUUCGGCAGGCGCUGGAGUCCCUGAGAAGCUACCCAUUGCCGUUGUCCAGCGGAAGGGACUGCUCGAUUCUCCGCGGAUUCGGGGGCACCCUCUGCCAGCUCAUCGACGAGGAGCUGCGCCAGCACAGGGGCCUCCGACUGGCGCCCCAGGAGGACGUGGCCCGGGCGCAGUACGAGCAGCAGGUCCAGGAGGUCGUCCGCCAGGUGCAAGAGCAGCAAACGGUACACCAGAAGCGCCUGGUUAAGCCCAGGAAGCCGACCAAAAAGGAUCUGGCGGAAUUGGCCGCCCAAGAGGAGCGGGUACGCCAGGUGGAAAUGAAACCGGGCGCUUUCCAGUUGCUCCUCCUGGUGGACACUCAGGAGACCAGUGGCAAGAACAAGCGGGUCCUGGACCAAACGAGGAGCUACCUGGAAUCGCUGGGAGCCCGUCAUGAGGUGCGUCGCCUCACCAUAGGCGAUUUUCUUUGGGUGGCCCAGGAUCCAGAAGGCAACGAACUAGUCUUACCGUACAUCGUCGAGCGCAAGAGGAUGGAUGACCUGGCAUCCAGCAUACGGGAUGGUCGCUUCCACGAACAGAAGCACAGACUGCAACAGAGUGGCCUGAGGAACAUCAUCUACCUGGUGGAGGACUACGGGGACAACGAGCAGCUGGGCCUGCCCCUGGACUCCUUGCAGCAGGCUCUGGCCAAUGCCAAAGUUCAAACUGGAGUUCAGGUGGUGCGCACGGAGAAUCACUUCCGAUCCAUGAGCUAUUUGGCCGCCAUGAGUCGUUCCCUCGGCCAGAUCUUCGCCAACAAAAGGCUGUACAGCGUGGAUCGCGGACAAAUCGACAAAUGUUCCUGCCUGCUCAUGGACUCCCAGCUGGGGUUGCUCAAGUUUCGCGCCCUCUAUGAAGACUCCGCCAAGAACGCCCAGCUCACGGUGCGAGAAGUCUUUGUGCAACAGUUGCUACAGCUACAUUCCCUCUCCCUCGAACGAGCCAUGGCUAUUGUGGAGCGGUAUCCCACGCCACGCUGCCUGCUGGAGGCCUACGAGGUGUGUCCAGAGCCAAAGCAGGCGAGGCUGCUCCUCUCCAGCAUCCCCUGUGGGCCCCUGGAGCGCCCGCUGGGCGACAAAAUCAGCCAGUGCCUGCACGAAUUCUACACCACGCACUUUCGUUAGGAUUAGCAAUUGAUUUAAUGGGACAUAUCUAAAGUUAUAUACACGAGUUUAUACAUUAAGUGAGAGAGAAUACGAUUUGGACUAAAGUCCCCGUUGGACAUUGAAUAGUGUGAUCUAGUCUAAGCCAAAAAUGUACAAGUCAGCCGCUUAGAUAUUUCGGAAGUGUCGGAUGGCCAAGUCCACCGGCAGGUCGAAGUCAAAUCGGGAUAGAGCGUCGAUGGAGCGCAGCGAGUCCCGGAAUCCCGUGCGGGCCACGUAGCUGUUUGCCGAGUAGUACGUGUCCACCAGCUCAUGGCAGCUGAGGAUCAGGUUGAGCCACUCCACCAGCAAGUGGGAGCUGUUUGAAAGAAGAGAAAAGCUGUUUGAAUGGGAUAAGUAAGAUCAACGGGGUUUACUCUGUGUCUUCAUUGUUAUCCCUAUACAAGACAUAUACUAAAUUUCAUUUUAUAAUCUUUUAAGCAAAUCGUCUUGUUCAUCCUGAUGAACGUAUAAAUGAUUGAUAACUCGCCUUUUAGUUAUCCCCUGAAAUUGUAACAAUUUUAUGGUAAAUGUUGACUCAAGCAUUUGUGGUUGCCUGCCAAAUUAUUUAUGGCCUAAGCUUUAGCAAUAAAAUAAACCUAUAUAUUUAA